AUGGAUCUGUUCCCCGAUCUUUGCGUGAUGAAGGGGCCAGGUGACGACAUUUCCGAAGAGGAGGACGUGGAAAGAGUCGUCGUGCGCGGCGCAGAGCAGGGAGGCGAGUCACACCAAACAGUCCUUCGCGAGAACCACGUGCGCGUUCGUUGGCGAUUCGACGACGAAGGGGACAUAGAGCAUGAGGUUGAAUUCACGAUGCAAGAUGGAUCAGUGCCCUUCGGCGUCGAGUGCGCGAUCCUGGGUUCACCCAAAGGGGCGGUGGUUGAGUUCGUGUGCCGAGGCGAGCAGUCGCUCACCGACCACGAAGCGUUACCUCCGAAUGUCGAGCACAUCGUUCGUCCAGGACGUGUUGAGAUUCUUGAGAUCAAACCCGGAAGACCACAUAAGUAUGACAUGCUCACACUCGAUAGGUGCGCGUUCGGCUCGGAGAUGAACGAUCUCGGGAAGAAGCUUUUCAUGAAUAAGCGUUACCGAGCGGCGAGCAGGAAGUGGCUCGCGGCCGCCGACGCGUUCGAGCUCAUCGAACCCGAAGAGGAUUACAACCCGUGUGGUGUGGUGAAUAACGAGAAGUGCUACGAAGUCUCUCGAAAGGUGUAUCUCAAUCUCGCGCUCGUCAUGUACAGACUGGGCGACUACAGAGAAUCUGAGUUGUACUGUAACGACGUUCUUGACACACGGCCAGACGAACCUGAGUUCUUUGCCAUCAAGGCCAAGGCGCUUUAUCGCCGAGGAUGCGCGCGUUUGAAGCUAAAUAAGGUUUCCAUUGGAAGGAUUACCGCUGAAUCCGCUGAGGCGGACUUUUUCCUCGCCAAUUCUCUGGACGACUCGAUUGAAGUCGACGACAAACUUCGACAGUGUGGACUCGCGCCCAGAGAGCACGGCAAAGACGAAGUGAACGCUCGUCCAGAGGAGGAUACCGAGGAAACGGUCAUCGACGAAGAUCAAUCGAGCCAUUAUCCAGUCGAUCUCAUCGACGCGCUGUAUCAAAUUCGUCGGGAAAACCUUCACGAUGGGCUUGCGUUUACGGAGCCGAGCGCACGAAAGCGCAUCUUGAAAGAGCGCGGCGAGAUUUAUCGAAGGCUCAUGACCGAAGCGCCGUGGGACGAAGCGAUCGGAACAUUGUACGAGCGAAAUCCCCCGGAAUCGCGCGAGCGAGCGUAG